AAAAAAAAAAACGAGCUAGGAUAGUCGGGAAUCGCUCAUCCAGGAGUUAAUCCCGGUAUGGGGGACAUGAAGACCCCAGAUUUUGAUGACCUGUUGGCAGCAUUUGACAUCCCUGACAUAGAUGCCAAAGAGGCCAUCCAGUCUGCCCCAGAUGAGGCGGAGGGACCCCAUGGAGCUGCAGGGGCACCUCUGGGGAAGGCAGACAGUGUGGUGGGUGUCGGGUCAUCCUUGAGGCCACCGAGCCCCUCCUCAGACCCCCAGGCGGACACCUCCAUCGUGAGUGUUAUUGUGAAGAAUAAAGUUCGUGUCGAGGCGGUAGAUGGAGGGGAUGGAGACACAGAACAGGACCCUAUUGAUGUGAUUGCAGGGGUAGAUGUGGGUCCUCGACUGGGCGCUUGCGCCCCUGGUAUGGCUGAGUCUGAAGCACUCAACCACAAUGGUUUUGGGGCGUCUGGUGUUUCCACGCCCCUUCCCCUCAGCCAGAUGCAAUCCAACGGGGCGCCGUGGUCCAUGAACACCCCUAAAGUGUCUUCAGAGGCGUCGGCCGCUGGUGCAGCUAAAUCACACAAGCAGGGCGGAAACAUUUUCAACAGACUAAAACCGCUUGUGGCGCAGGGGUCUGGAGAUCCGGUGGGUCGGGCGAGGAAGAUGCAGCUCCUACAGCAGCAACAGCAGCAGCAGCAGCAGGAUACGGGCCAGGAGAGGGCAGAUGGAGUCAAAGCUUCGUUACCUUCAUCCUCCUCUCUAUCCGCUGGCUCUCCUCCUCUGGCUGCAGGUGGGACCGUUGGACUAGCCUCCCCUUUCUUUUCGCCUUCCAAGCCUCUGCUUCCCACUCCACCCUCGGCCCUUUCGUCACACCCGCUGCACUCAUCUCAGCCUUUUAACGGAGCCCCUAAAGGCGCCCCUGCUGGAUUUCAGCACCAGCAGAUGGACGAGGAUGAUUCUGACCCGGAUUUGGGGAGUCCACUGGUGAUCCAGGAGAACCCAGACUCCCCAACUUCUGCACAGUUGAAUCGUCGCUACAAGUCUGACUCAGUCUCCGCUCAACCCACGUCCUCUACUGCGUCUCACCCUAAACCUGGGGACACUCCGUCAGGGGCAUCUCUGACUUCAUCGACCCCUCAGUCUGGCUCAACAGAGAAUCCCCAGCUGGAGGACCGGCAUCCAGAGCAUGUCAUAGAGGAGAGAGACUCGCCGGAGAGUCCUGAGCCCGAGAUGCCAAAAUCAACUGCUCAAGUAGCAGCCAAGAGGUGCUCCAGCCCUGCGGUGGCCUCCACUCCACCUCCCUCUGAGCUGCGGGAGCCCAAGGAGGAGGAGGAAGAGAUGGAAGUGGGGAAUGGGGUAGAAAGGGUUGCCGAUAGCAAAGCUGACAAGGGAGAAAACGCUAGAACGAGCGAGGAGAAGAUGGAGGUAGAUGAUGGCAAGCCAAAGCCCCCUUCCACCGAAGGAGCAGAAGCUGUCGUCGCUGCACCCGCUGCUUCUGGCGCUCCGUCUCGACCCCUCAAAGUCAGAAUAAAAACAAUCAAAACCUCCACAGGUGGAAUAACCAGAACUGUCACAAGGGUAGCACCUAAAGGUGGUGCUGCAGGGAAAGGUUUGGACCCUAAAGCUCAAUCUGGGGAGCGCAAGGUAUUAGGAAACAAGGCCCAAAAAAUUGAUGCCUCCCCGGGUCACAUGACAUCCCAGCAACAGAAAGUAAGUGCUCUCAAUGCUCUGCCGGUGUCCACACUCGCAGCCAGCAGUGUCAUGCUAGCUGCUGCCACAAAGGUCCAAAACAAAAUGGCUGCAUCAGACAAGGCCAAAGUCUCCGCCACCGCCGUCAGCAUCACUAAAUCUGCUGCCCUACCUGCAACUCCUGCUGUGGCCUCCUCUCCAAAAUUUUCAGUUGCCGCUGGUGGGAUCAGUGUACGCACUGCCACAAAAGGGACAGCUAAUGGAAGUAGCGGCACCAUCAUAGGCGGCACCCUCCAGCCAAACAAGCCUGCCUCCAUAGUCAACAGUACGGGGGCCGUCAUCUCCCGAAGUCAGUCGAGCCUGGUGGAGGCUUUCAAUAAAAUCUUAAACAGUAAGAAUCUGUUGCCGAGUUACAAGCCCGACCUGUCAGCGCCCCCGCCACCCGAGUGGGGUCUCCCUCUCCCAGCCACAGGGUACCGCUGCCUGGAGUGUGGAGACGCAUUUGCUCUGGAGCGCAGCCUGGCCCGGCACUAUGACCGGCGAUCACUUCGCAUCGAGGUGACCUGCAACCAUUGUGCUAAGAGGCUGGCCUUCUUCAAUAAGUGCAGCCUGCUGCUACAUGCCAGGGAACACAAGGAGCGUGGGCUGGUCAUGCAGUGCUCGCACCUGGUCAUGAGGCCUGUCACUGUAGAGCAGAUGAUCGGACAGCAGGACAUAACACCCAUCGGUGGCCUGCUCUCCUCUUCGUCCUCAUCUCCUCCAGUCUCCUCUCCCUCCACCACUACCGGGGGCUCCGCCAUCUCUGCCAACUCCAGCCCCAUGAAGGACGCUUCAUCCCCAGCCGCAGCUCAGCCUCGACAGGUCCGCCGUGCACCCCAGGGCCCCCAAGCGCUGAUGCCUUUGCCCUGCAAGAAGGCGGAGGGGCUGCAGUACAACAAUUUUAAAUGUCCCGAGUGCCAAACACAAUUCUCUGGCAAGGCCGAGCUGGUCACACACUUCCAGCAGAUCCGAGCCGCCCCCAACUCAACGUGUACGCAGUGCUCGCCUCCCAUGAUGCUGCCGAACUCGUGUGCCGUGUCCGCCCACCAGAGGAUCCACAAACACAGAGCACCUCAUGUCUGUCCUGAGUGUGGGGGCACUGCCCGGCAGGCCAGCUUCCAGACUCACCUGGAGGAGGCUUGUCUGCACUUUGCCAGACGCAUUGGCUACAGGUGCUCGAGUUGCCAGGUCGUGUUCGGAGGAUUGAACUCCAUCAAGUCCCACAUUCAGACUGCCCACUGCGAGGUCUUCCACAAGUGCCCCAACUGCCCCAUGGCCUUCAAGUCUUCCCCCAGCGCCCAGAGCCACAUCAGCACCCAGCACCCGACACUCACAGGAGGACAGGCCAAAAUGAUCUACAAAUGUGUUAUGUGUGACACGGUUUUCACCCAAAAGCCCUUGCUGUACAUGCACUUUGACACUCAUUUAGCCAAGCAAAAAGUGCACGUGUUCAAGUGUCCUGACUGCACCAAGUUGUACGCCCAGAAAGGUUCCAUGAUGGAGCAUAUUAAGACCGCUCACAGAGGCCCAUCAGCCAAACAGGAGGCCCAGUCUGAUGCCUCUAACGCUGCCUCGGCCCCGGCCAACACGUCCGGUCCCUCCGGCAUCAAGUCGAAAUCCUCGGGGAAAACGGACAACUCUGACGGAGAAGACUGGGGGCGAGAACAGGAGGAGGAAGACGACGAGGAAGAAGAAGAGGACGAUGACGCGGACGAGGACUACGAGGCUCCGGGGGCUCACACGACCUCGACGGGGGGCGGCAGUCAGCCCAGUGCCCAGACGGAGUGGACCUGCCCCCAGUGUCAAACCACCUUCACUGACAACGACGACUAUCUCAGUCAUGUGAAGAUGGAGCACGGCAAGUUCCCGUGUCGUAUUUGUGGAGGCACGUUCAGCACAUCUUCCAGCCUGAGGCGUCAUGAGCGCGUCAUUCACGAGGGCAACAAAAGAGUCUUCCAUUGCCAAUAUUGCACAGAAGGCAAACGCACCUUCGGCAGUCGGUUCUUACUGGACAAACAUAUUCGGCUCCACCACAGAACCCCGGAUGGACAGGGUGCCCCCAUGACCAGGAAGCGUGCAGCCACAGGUGGAGAAGGUCCAGGCAGCUCCUCAGAGCAAGACGGCGAGGGUGGACCUCCUGGAGCCAGGACAGGAGAUGAGGAAGAAAACGCCACAGAGGACGGUGAGGAAGGAAGUGGUCCCGCUAAGAGAACCAGGGCGUCCGUGGCACUGACGUCCCCGACAUCUGGCGAGUUAGACGAGGAAGAAAACGUUUUCCGCUGCGUCCCCUGCGGCUUCUCCACUGAGGACGGCGCAGAGUUCCAGCGCCACAUCCCCCAGCACCGGGCCGACACCGCCUCCUUCCAGUGCCUGCAGUGCGGCGUCUGCUUCGCCUCAGCCGGCUCUCUCAGUCGGCACCGCUUCAUCACUCACCGCGUGCGGGACACCCAGAGCGACGCGGACCGCGGCACCCCGCGCAUCCACGGCUCUCCGGAUGGCUCGCCGGCCGGCUCCCCUCAGGCGCAGGGCGAGGACGGAGAGGGAAAUCUGUGCUGCAAGGUGUGCGGCCGGCGUUUCGACAAGGCCACGGACCUCAACACCCACUUCAGGACCCACGGCAUGGCCUUCCUCACCGCACACAAGACAGACAAGCCCCAGUAGAAGGGGGGGGGGGGGGGGCAGGUCCUCUAAGACGGACAGACAAGGAGUUGUCGAUGGUCACGGCCGAGAAGAGAAGCUGUAGAAUAUGAAUGUUGAUUCUGAGAAGAAAGCGAGCUGCUUCGGGUCUCCCGUGCAGUUUUUUUUUUAGCCACCAUAAACAGUUUUAAUCUAUCUAUGGCACCUCUUCUGUGCGAUUGUAAUUGCAUGUUUGAUCAUGUUACUGGUCACAUAACUGAACACACCCGUAAUAAACUCUCGAGUGGAACAGUUCUCGAACAGCCCCCCCCGCGCCGAGCAAAGCAUUUAUACAUCAGCCAUACUGUGUCUAAUAAUGUCUCGUCCCUCAUCAAUCAUUCAUUCUGCACUGACUAACCACCUGCCUGUUCAUGUAACAUACUUUAAUACAUCCACCUCCAACUGUACUCCUGACAGCUCUAGUGCCGAUAUUUUUGUACUUCACGUUGCUCAUCGUAUUCAUGCUUGUUCACCUCAAGUCCAUGCUCAUCUCGGUGGCUUUAGAUCAGUUUUACGAGCUCUUACUUGGAAGCUCGCAAAAUUGAUCUCACACCGACAUCUGAGGCAUGAAGGGGAAGGAGAAUUUGACACUGAUUUUUAUGUUGCUACGAUAUUGUAAUAUUUAUUUAUACUAAACACAUUACUGCUGUUGGUAUUUGUGUGAGUUGCGUCAAAUCUUGCUAGACAUAGUGCGAUUUACCAACGGAGACAUGAGAUGAGAAUCUCUGAAAGCAUUUCUGUAGGAGAUGAGGUUACUGGAGGUGUGUAACCUGUGUAGUGUGAAUAAUGUGAUGUUGGUAUUUGUUAAGCUAGUAGCAGAAGAAAAAGAGAGGUCAGGCUUCCUGCCAGUAGUAUAUCUGUAAGAGUUUUGCCAUGUAAAUACAUAUAAUUACACUAAAAGAAAGCGUUCUGGUUUUAGUAACUUGCUAUGAUAAUGUGAAUACGUAUAGUAUUUGUACUUGUACUGUUCCCUUUUUUUCCAAACAAUUUGAAGUCUAAAAGAAAAAGAAAAAAAAGCCCCCCCAGAGGUAGCUAUACAUUGUAAUUACAAAGCAGAGGGAGAGCGUGGGGGUUGUGUUGUCUUAAUGUGUAUGAAUACAAAUGUUUAUCUCUUUGAGACAGUUCUUUUUUUAUCUACAGAAUCAGUGCUUGCUGUACUCACAUUUCUUUUUGUAUGUUUCCAAAACAGCCUUCACAUUCACAUGAUGGAGGCCUAUGAGUGGAUUUUUUUUUUGUUUGUAUCUUUUAUAUGUCAUAUCAUAUUUAUAUAGCUCAAUAGUGGAAAUUUCAUGUCAUUUUCUUUUCCAUGGUUGUGGUCUGCUUGCUGAAAUGCCAUACACUUGUGCUGUUUCGAAAUAAAUGUGUAAAAGAGA